AUGAAGCAGGGCAACGUGAAGAGAUUCAAGCAAAAAGGGGUAUAAGAUUGCAAUGGUACCUUGCAAGCGCCUUCUUCUCGUGGCUUUUCUCCUCCUUUGGUCCAUCUCCAUCUCCAUCUCCAUCUCUGCUGAAGCUAGGAGUUUGCCUGUGGGUGCAAGAAAUGAAGGUGAGAAGGACCAUGAAAUUGUGGGUACAGUAAAAGUUCAAGUUACGUUUCCUGCAAAUGAAGACUUAGUGACGAUGGACUAUCCUCCAGCCAAAAAUAAUCCUCCAAUCCACAAUUAAGCAAAUUUAGCUAUUCUUUUUUUUCUUCUAAGAACAAAAGAGCUACAUGGAUACUCAUCUUUAGCGUCCUUAUAUUACUCUAGUAAGGUUUAAUAUUUAUAUCAUAUUUUUCAUAAAUGAAUUAGGAUUUACUUG